AUGUCGCGUGUAUCUUCAUUCCUUAGUUGCGUGCUGUUAGCCAUUGUGUUUAUUUGUCAAUUAACCUUGGCACAGCAAACCGAACAACAACCCUCUACUACAUUAUCAGUCUAUCACCAAAAGGAUGGACAAUAUAUCAAACGUGGCGAGAUUGUUGGACUUCCGGGUUAUCCUGAAUAUGUUCCCACCAAUAACGAGAUUGUCGAAUUCAAGAGCAAUAAGGAUGCUUACUAUCAAAUCAAGCUUAAAGAUGAACGUACAGGCAACAUUUUAUUGCAAUCAGUUCGAAUGUGUCAAAUGGUAGCCAGCAACUGGAGCGACGAGUUUGUUUUGAACUUGGACGAAAACAAUGAAUUCUACUAUUUCAGUUACUAUGCCGGCUCAGAUUAUUGUGAACAAGAUAUCAAGUAUCCUAUUGUCACAAAGCCAUUCACCAGCUCCAUCAAGGUGAGAACACCCAUUCCUGGCCCCAAGCCUCUGAUUGGAAAUUUCGCAUCUCAAAAGAAGGCUCAACAAUCCAAAUCAAAGAAACCAACAGCCCAGGUCAAUGACGAGAUUAUCGAUGAAAAGGAGAUUGAAGAGAAAUCAUUCUUUCAAAAGUAUUGGUAUUUCAUUUUGGGUGGUGCAUUGAUGUUGAUGACAAUGGGAGGCGCACCUGAAGAGCCUGGCGCUAGACGAUAG